CGCGCUCGCCUCGCUGACUGACGCAUACGAAUCAAAAUUUUCGAAAUUCAAAUUUUUGGAAUUAAAAAGUAAUUUAAAGUUAGUGACGCGACACCUUAUUAAGCUACAUAGAGUGUAGAUAGUGACCUCUUAGUGAAGUACCGAACUCGAUUAAUCGAAUAGUGUUUUUAAAAAGUGAGAGUGUAAAAGUGAUGAAAGUGUUUUCAUGAUAAUUUAUGACCGACAACUUCCAAGUUUUUAUUCAAAUUGAACAACAGGUGUUAUUCAUUAGUUUUCAAUAAUAAAAAAAAACAAAUAAAAUUGCAACUGGCAACCUACACUCCUAAUAAAAAAGUGUUUGUUUAAAAAAAGAACUGAAUUUUCUUCAAAAUGCCGUCUGCGUUGGACAUGGGGCUUUUUAGCCAGCCUGAGUGGAGUGACUCGAGUGACUCAACGGAGCCUGGGCCUUUGCCCCAGUUGGGGUACUUCGUGCCUGUUAGAUGCAGAUGUGAACGGACCUCUCACCACGUGUGUCGGAGAAGCAGAAGAGAAUCUCCCCGGUCUCGGCGGUCCGUGUCACAAUGCUCCUGCAACAGCAUAUCCCGCCGGUCCUCGGCGGCGGCAUCUCCCAUGCCGAUGCCACUCCCACCACUCAACAACACCAUGGAGAUGUACGUGGAGCCCGUCGUCGAAGAUACGGCAGAACGCAGUGCAGGAUGGGAGACUCAUCGUGUCCGUCUCAACCGGGUUCCAGGUUACGGCUUCGGUAUCGCGGUCUCCGGUGGCAGGGACAACCCACACUUCGCCAGUGGCGACCCUUCCAUUGCAGUCUCCGAUGUCCUACGAGGAGGACCGGCCGAAGAUAAGCUUCAGGUGAACGACAGAAUAGUAUCAGUAAACGGCGUGCCUUUAGAAAAUGUGGAGUAUGCAAGAGCAGUGCAAGUGUUGCGCGACAGUGGCGCCACCGUAUCGCUGGUGGUGCGACGACGAGCGCCUGCGCCGCCUCCCACUGCACCUACCACUAUCAAACUAUCACUCACUAGGAAUGGAAAGAAAGAAGAUUUUGGAAUAGUAUUAGGAUGCAAGCUUUACGUGAAGGAAUUGACGCUUCGAGCCAGAGAACAGCUGAACCAAGGUGGCCAGGGUCUUUGUGAAGGAGACAUGGUGACGAGGAUCAACAAUACUCCAGUGACAGAUGCUAUGACCCUCAAGGAAGCCAGGAAAUUAAUAGAAUCCUGCAAAGACCGUUUGAAUCUGGUGGUGACGAGAGAAUUGAUCAGAGAGGAAACUGUCACGAAUGGAAAUUAUCAGAAUAAUUAUAAUAGUCUUGAAGCCAGUCCCCACAACGUAUAUGGAGCUGCAGAAGCAUCCCCAGGGUACUCAAGUAGUGGUCAGAACCUGUACGUGGCGGCGCCAGUGAGAGGCGGAGACGCCCGAAGAGGUCCGAUGUCUCACGAACAACUCGACCAGCCGCCUAGACCACCACCACCGAGGAAUGAAGAUUACUACAGCAGUAGAAGACAACUCUAUGAGGACGAAGCAAUGAAUAAUCAAAGAAAUAAGCCAUCGAGCGAGCCAAGGUUGAUAAGUUUCCAAAAGGAGGGUUCAGUGGGUCUCCGGUUGUGUGGCGGCAACCGGUCCGGGGUGUUUGUGUCGGGCGUACAGCCCACCAGUCCGGCCGCGCUGCAGGGCCUACAGCCUGCUGAUAAAAUACUUAAGUUUUGUGCGGUUGAACAGGUGAACGACAUGGAGAUGAAGGGAGUGACGCGGGAGGAGGCUGUCCUCUUUCUGCUGAGCCUACAGGAGCGCAUCGACCUCAUAGUGCAACACUCUCCUGAUGAAUACAAUGCUGUUGCUAGUGGACAAAUGCCGGGCGACUCGUUCCACAUAAAGACCCACUUCCACUACACGGAGCCGACAGACGGCGAGAUGUCGUUCCGAUGUGGAGACGUGUUCCACGUCGUCGAUACUCUACACAACGGCACUGUGGGAGCCUGGCAGGUGUAUAGGAUAGGUCGCAACAACCAAGAAGUUCAAAAAGGCACAAUACCCAACAAGGCGCGAGCUGAAGAGCUGGCAACAGCGCAAUUCAACGCGACCAAGAAAGAGAUGAGCGGCAACGAUGGAAAACAUAACUUCUUUAGAAGACGUCGCUCUACGCAUCGACGUAGCAAGAGUUUGGGCAAGGAGCACUGGGACGAGGUGGUCCUAUCAGACAGUAUCAGCAAGUUCCCGGCGUACGAGCGCGUGGUGCUGAAGCAGCCUGGCUUCGUGCGCCCCGUCAUAGUACUGGGCGCCGUCGCCGACAUCGCCAGGGAACGACUGCUCACUGAGAGCCCGGAUAAAUUCUCCUCGCCAAAAAUGGACAGCACAUUAGAAGAUACCAAAACAAAGUCCGCCGGUAUAAUCCGCCUAUCAAGCAUUAGAACUAUAAUGGAGAGAGGGAAGCACGCCUUACUGGACAUCACGCCCAAUGCAGUGGACAGACUCAACUACGCCCAGUUCUACCCAAUUGUGAUAUUCCUCAAAGCUGAUAAUAAACACAUUAUCAAACAGCUAAGAGCUGGGUUGCCAAAGUCUGCUCACAAAUCAUCAAAGAAGCUCCUAGAACAGUGCCAACACAUGGAGCGAGUAUGGGGCCACGUGUUCACCCACACGAUCACAUUAAGCGAAGCCAACCAGAACACGUGGUUCAGCAAGCUCAUAGACUUGAUACAGAGGACGCAACAACAACAACUGUGGGUGUCAGAGACUAAGAGGCCAGAGCCGUUGUCCGACGAUUUCUUGUUCUCAAUGUCGUCGAGUACUGAGAACCGGCUCUCGUAUGCUUCGAGUCCUGAGAGUGACUUGGAAGUGAGUCCCCCGCCAGCUCCGAGACUUGUCAAGUCUUCAUCAGACCCCUCGAUCGCCACCACGCAGGAUAAUAUGGACCGAGAUGACGAUAUCAACCAUAUGAACGAUGCUGUGCCACCACCUUAUACGCAAGGCGGCUAUGGUGACAGCAAGUAUGGUUUCUCAGCGACCACGAAUGGAGCCCCAACGAAUGGUGUGAACCACAACCAGACCCACAGUAUGGGCAACAAUGAGGCACCGCCGUAUCAGUGCAAUCCUAUGACACACUCGCCGCCUCAUUCGCCUUUGUAUGGAACUGUACCAGAGCUACCACCACGCGGUACUGUAAGCCGACCCGCCGGCGGAGUACUGUUGCCAGCGCCACCGCCCGGACGACCGCCGCAUAACCUACGACAUAAUACACCUGGCAACCGACCGAGUGCACAAGAGCGUCUAUUUGGUCCUCCAAAAGACCCGGGAAGCGAUGAGGCGGCGACAUACACUGCGCGCCCAACGAGUAUGAUCAUACAGCCUAGUCAGGGGCAAGGAUCGUUGGACAGGCAUCGACAUCCUUCUAACCCGCAGAGUUCAUACGACGGUACUUCGUCAUACGACUACACUGGUACGACAAACAAUGGGUCCGGUAUGGGCUCCUGUCGGUUGCCUCCUAACGCGCCUGAUGACCUCAAAGUGGCACCACCUUCUAUUAACAAAAUGGAGCCGCCACCGCCUCCGAACCCGACGGCGAUGUCUCAGAGUAACAUGACGCAGAGUCCGCAACGUAACUCCAACUCUCACGAACACAACUCACUCGAUUACAGAAGUCCAGACAAUAAUUACAGGCCCCCCGAGUACCGAAGUCCCCAGACGAGUCGUCCCCCGCCCAUGAACGGGAACAGUCCCCACACGCCGAUGCACGCGCGAGGCCCGUCGUUACCCAACGUGCCAACCAAUGACCAUGCCAAAUACAGUGGGCGUACAAAUUCUGCGUCUCAAGCGGACUACGGAGGUCGCGGCGGAGCGCCCGUGCCGCCGUACAAACCCGUCCCGCCGCCCAAACCCAAGCACUACAGGCCGCCUGACAACUCACACCAUCCUAGGAAUGGGAGUAUGGAGCCGCCCCCGCCGUCGGGUCCGCCCGGGCCCCGGCCGCAGGCGCCGGGCGGCUACCCCGGGUCCCCGCACUACUCGCACCAACACUCGCACUCGCAGCCACACAGGCCGCACAACCACAAUAAUUACCAACAGCAAAAUAUGUACGGAGGCCAAAUGCCGCCGCAGUCACCGCCCUACUCGGGGCCCCCGUCACACCACCGAGCUAUCAACCUACCACACAAUCCACAUCUCAUAGAUUUAGCAGGCAGUAGAGAACAACGUGGAUCAGCGUUCGAGCUGUACAGGAAACCGCAACACAUGCAUAAUAUAAGUUCAUCAGAUGCCAUGAACUCGAGCGUGGAGCGCGACGAGACGUUCUCGCCAAAAACUAAAAAGAAAUUAUCUAAAAAGCCAUCGUUCAUUAAAAACGCCGUCCUUGAUCUAUUCCGUUCGAAAACGAAAAAUUCACAAAAGGUGUCUCGACAGAAGUCAUUAUGCGAAAGUGACUUGCAACAGAGGCACAACGUGCCGCAGAUGCCGAUGUUAAGACGAGAGAAGUCUGACCUCAGCGACAUGAGCAUACACAUGAGAAACCAACAAAUAAGGAAUCAGAUGUUGCAACGAAGCAACUCAUCCUCUUGUGAGAAACCGGUUUUGAAACCUAUUUUAAAACGACAGAGUUCAUUUUGCGAUGAAAGAAACGGAUCUAUCUGUACCGUCAGAGAUUAUGACGCUAAACCAGUGAUGAAAAGUUUACGAAGACAAAAUUCCAUGUGCGAUAUUGAAACUGAACCGAAAGUUACCCCACUGUUACGUAGACAGAACUCUCUCAUAGAGUAUAAUAGGAGAGGGAUCUACGGGCAGUCGCCCAGCUUUAAUAUGAUAACCAAAAUAGACCCCAUCUACCAAAGACAGCAACAAGUUAAGCACGAACCAUUUCACCCCACACAACCGUUACCUCCAGAACCAGUGUACCAAAGUAAAGACCAUUUAGUUUAUGAUCCUAUACCCAAACCUCGACGAACCUAUACCUCUGUAUACGAUACUUCAACGGAAACUCCUUACGCAAGCAGAUCUGAAAUGUCCAAUCAGAGUUUCGAAAAUCCGUACGGAAAUAAGCAAACAAUAGGAAUGCCGUUAAUGGAUCCACCCUAUGCAACAAGAGCUGAGUGUAUGAAAGAGAGCCCUUAUGCAACUAGGGCUGAGUGCGUUAGAGAGAGCCCUUAUGCCACGAGAGCAGAUUGCGUUAGAGAAAGCCCUUACGCAACAAGGGCUGAAUGCGUGAGAGAAAGCCCUUACGCAACAAGAGCUGAAUGUGUAAGAGAAAGCCCUUAUGCUACCAGAAAUGAAUGCAUGAGGGAGAGUCCAUACGCCACUCGAGCUGAUUGUGUCAGGGAAAGUCCAUACGCCUCUAGGGAAGAAUGUAUGAGAGAAAGUCCUUAUACAAACAAACAAGAUAUAUCUAGGCAAUCUGAUUCGUUUUACAGUGAGUCGCCGUAUUCUAGUAAAGAGCAAAUGUUGCGAACGAGGUUAACUCCUGACGGUUCAUAUGCGACUAAGGAAGAAAUGUUACGGCAAAGAUUUUCUGAAUCACCCUAUAGCACGAAAGAAGACAUGCUAAGGCAAAGAAUGGACUUAUCUAGUAAAGAACCUUUGUACGGCAAACGGACAUACGAUCCGCCACCUAGUACAUCUUGGAAUGAGAAUCACUAUGGUGUGAGGCCAGACAGGAGAUUACAGACACCAGUGAACUUCCCUGGUAGAGUAUCUCCUAUGAGUAAAUGUAUGAGCGAGCCUCCCUAUGCUACAAGAACAGAGAUGAUGGCCAGACUGGGUCAGACAGAAUCACCAUACGCCACUCGAGCUGAAGUUAAGUCUAGUUGCUCUGAUACACAAUAUGGUACUCGUCACGAUAUGAUGGACAUGAGACCUGACGUAAGACCAGCCUCUGCAGAAUGUACAUACGUAUCCAAACAAGAAAUUUUAUCGCAGAAAGCUGCUUUACUGGCUAAAAAGGAAUCCAGUUACGGUAUAAGAUUGGAAGAAAAGCUUGAAAUAAUAAAACAGAGGAAUCAGGCUAAAAAAGAAAUGAUCUAUCAAACUAGAAAGGAGGCAAAUGAAAGUGAUUCGGUUAAGAUUAGGGAGCCUUUGUAUGUAUCGAAAAGAGAUUUAAAAGAGAGUGUUAUUUACGAGUCUCAUCAGGAAACAAAAGAAGUGGCACAACCUGAAGAACAAGAGGGUAGUAGUAGUAGUGCUUGUAGCGCUGCUAGUGCUACUAGUACUAGUGCUAGAAGUAGCCCCUAUGAACUGGGUGAUGCCAACCACUUAUCUCGAAGAGAACCUGUGUAUCAGACAAAGUCGGAAGCCGAGAGUGGUAUAGAAAGUGAAACAUUCCAAGAAAUAGAUUUUUCGAAACUCAGACUAACAGAAUCAAAAACAGAUGCAGAGAAACAAAAGUCAAAGAAUUUAGAAACAAGUGUAUUAAAAGGCGAACCGAUGUAUGCUCCAAGAUUACACGGGAAAGCCGAUCACAUUUCUAAUGCUUUGAAAGUGACCACUUCCCCAGUGCCUUAUGAGUCCACUACAUCAAUGGAAACUCACUAUGCGUCAGAAUGUAGUAUGAACUUUGAGAACAAACCACAAAGUACUCCUUAUACGUCACAGGACUUACUAGAACGAAACAAUAAACCCAGCAGAAGUGUUACCUUCUGCGAACAGAUAUUGGAAAAGAGUCCAGAGACUAGCGGAGAGAAUUCACAAAGCAUGUCCUCAAGUCAGAACGAAACUACUGUGAUUCAACAAAACACUACAGUCGUACCAUCAACUUCUGACGCUAACGAUUCUACUAACAAAACACAGGAGGUAGAACCUGAUGGUCCACAUACGACAUGGGGAAUAUUUGAUAGCGAAGGAGGGGUGCUAGAAGAUAGACAAUGGGGCGUUUCAUUAAUAAUACCACCAAAAGCGAUAGCGCCAGGAAUCAAGCAAAAGAUCUACUUUACGGUGUCGGAUCCGCGACUGAGCCAGCGAGUGGGGGGACCUCCCAUCGAUAUGGACAACGGUGAAGCGAUGCUGUCCCCACUAGUGAUGUGCGGUCCUCAAGGGCUCGUGUUUCUGAGGCCCGUGACGUUGCGUCUGCCUCAUUGCGCGAACGCAGUCCCAUCCCUAGGCCUGACGAUCAAGGCUACUGACACUGAAGCACAUCUCAGCACAGACUGGGACCAAAUUCACCUUCCUGCGACAACCACGUUAAAUACUGUAGCUGUUAAAGUUGAUCACUUUUAGUAAUGACAAUAGAAUUGACUAAAAUACAAUGAGAAUUCGCAUUUAAAAUGUAGCAUUUACGUGUCGAUGCUUUCGUUUUUGUUAAAAUCGUCCUACUAUCUAUCUCUUUACGUUCUAAAAUUGGUUAAUCUUCAGUCUUUCGUGGUUGUUGUUUUAUAGUAUUAAAAUUUGCUUGUACAUCAUAUUUGGCAUUCCCACCUAUAUCAAUAUUAUUGUCAGUUUUUACUGUAAGUAGUGGUGCUGAAAUAAUACUUACGUUAGUCUAUACAUUUUCUUAGCUGAGGCCUACCGCCAAUGUAUAAAACGUCGUAGCUUUUAUUCUCAACCAGAAUUUUGUGUUUAUCAUUUAAUUCUACGUCUAGUUCAACAUAGUUAUAAGUACCAGGUAUUCAUAUUACUACUGUUUUUAGAUACCUAAUUAUAUCACAAGAAAUAUGUUUUUCCAUUGGCGUUAGUUCUCAUGAAUCUUUUAUUGAAUCUCUGGCGAACACGGCAGUUCACUAAACAUUUUUAAAACAUAUUUCUGUCUUUAUCUAACUCAAACAUAAGACAGAGACGUAAUAUUUCCAUUACUAUAUUUUAGCAGUAAUUAUAUUGAGUGAAUUGUCGUGUUAUUUGGCCUUACUUAGAUAGAACUAAAAUCGUGCAUGAGAGACAAGUAUGACAUGAAGUUAGCAAUGAACUGUGCAUCGUGAAUGACAGCUGGUAUGAAGUGAAGUUAGCUACGGUUAGAAUGUACAGUUAUUUUUGACAUUUCAAUAAAAUGCAAAGCGUUUAAACGACGAUGUAUUUCGUCAUCAAUUUUACGAUUUUGAAUAUAAGAGGCCUUACCAUACUGUAAGUCUAUUUAGUAGUUUUAAAAUGUUCAUAUAUAUUGUAAUAUUAUUAUUUAAUAAUCAGUUAUUAAUGUAGCAAUAAUGUAUUGUAUCGGAUUGUUAGAAAUUAAAAAUUGAUAUUUUCUAUUUUGGCUUCCAUUAUAUUUGGAUUAGUGUUUUUGGCCUUAUUUGUAGGUAUUUGCUUACUACGAAGCAGCCAAAUGAUAAACUAGUUUUUAUGGUAUAAUUUGCUAAAGUACUUUAAACUUUAUGCCGCGGCAAUAAGAGUCAACUAUGAUUGUAUUGGUGUCUACUCUCUCAACUCUGUAUAUUUCUUGUUAUUAGUGAUAAUGAUGAGUUUACCUUUGACUUGAUAAUUAAAUUUUAUAUGUAAUGAGAA